AUGUCUAUCCUGUCUCUUGUGGAGGAUAGGCCGACCCCAAAGGAGGUCUACAACUGGAAGAUCUACCUUCUGGCGGCAGUAGCCUCCUGCACGUCUUGUAUGAUCGGAUAUGACAGUGCUUUCAUCGGCACUACCAUCUCAUUGCAGUCCUUUAAAGAUGAAUUCGACUGGGAGUCCAUGUCGGACGCGACCCAGGACCUAGUGAGCGCCAAUAUUGUGUCUCUGUACCAGGCCGGAGCCUUCUUCGGGGCCUUCUUCGCCUACCCCAUCGGCCAUUUCUGGGGUAGAAGGUGGGGUUUGAUGGUGUCCGGCCUGAUUUUCACCCUGGGGGCGGGUCUGAUGCUGGGAGCCAACGGCGACCGGGGACUCGGAUUGAUCUAUGGGGGUCGCGUGCUGGCCGGUCUGGGGGUGGGUGCCGGCUCCAAUAUUACGCCAAUCUACAUCGCGGAGCUGGCUCCGCCGGCCAUUCGAGGGCGAUUGGUCGGAGUCUACGAGCUGGGAUGGCAAAUCGGUGGUUUAGUCGGUUUUUGGAUCUGCUAUGGUGUAGAUGAGACCCUUCCGCAGAGCCACAAGCAGUGGAUCAUCCCGUUUGCUGUGCAGUUGAUCCCCUCGGGGCUUCUACUGAUCGGUGCUCUGCUGAUCAAGGAAUCUCCGCGUUGGCUGUUCCUCCGGGGUCGUCGCGAGGAGGCCAUCAAGAACCUCUGUUGGAUCCGUCAGCUUCCUGAGGAUCAUAUCUACAUGAUGGAGGAAAUUGGCGCCAUUGACCAGUCCCUGGAACACCAGCGGUCGACCAUCGGACUGGGCUUUUGGAAGCCAUUUAAGGCGGCCUGGACCAACAAGAAGAUCCUCUACCGUCUCUUCCUUGGUAGCAUGCUGUUCCUCUGGCAGAACGGCUCAGGAAUCAACGCCAUCAAUUACUACAGCCCCACGGUGUUCAAGAGUAUUGGUCUCCGAGGAUCCAACACCAGCUUGUUCACCACGGGUAUUUUCGGCGUGGUCAAAACGGUGACCACCUUCGUUUGGCUGCUCUGGUUGAUCGAUCGCGUUGGUCGCCGAAAUCUUCUGCUGAUCGGUGCGGCGGGUGGCUCGGUCUGUUUGUGGAUUGUAGGCGCGUACAUCAAGAUUGCGAAGCCCGGGGAAAGCGACAACCAGCAGAUGGACGGCGGCGGUAUCAUGGCUAUGUUCUUCUUCUACCUAUGGACCGUCUUCUACACCCCUUCGUGGAAUGGCACUCCGUGGGUGAUCAACUCGGAAAUGUUCGACCCCAACGUCCGGUCCCUGGCACAGGCCUGUGCCGCCGGAUCGAACUGGCUGUGGAAUUUUCUGAUCUCCCGGUUCACUCCGCAGAUGUUUGCCAAAAUGGAAUAUGGAGUGUACUUCUUCUUCGCAUCUCUGAUGAUCCUGUCCAUCAUCUUUGUGUAUAUGUUGAUCCCCGAGACGAAGGGUAUCCCGCUCGAAAGUAUGGACGCUCUGUUCGAGGAGAAGCCCAUCUGGCACGCUCACGGACGGGUUCUGGCGCAGAUCCGCGAAGACGAGGAACGGUUCCGACGGGAUCUGGAGGAGUCUGGCUUCACGAAGCGAGACACGGAGCAGGUGGAAGAGGCGGACGGAUCGGUGCAGUCGAAGGUGUAUGGAUGA